AUGGCUGCAGCCAGUGGAAUCACUCAAGUUGCAAAAAGCCUCGUCAAAAAGAAUAGUAUCAUACUUGCCAUUCCACAAAGGGAUGAUGACCUUCCUGUUACGAUGGCCUUUCAUUGCGGUCACCAUGAAAUGGGACGUUAUCUUUAUUCCGUCACUCCAUUGGAAUGCCACAUAGGCUCUCCGGGUUCUAGGCUUCUUCGUUCUUGUUUACAUGCUCUAUGUUUUGGUUCCUUACAUAUCGUUCUGCAUUUGCUUCAACGACGCGAAGAACUGCUUUUUGUUCAUUUCGAUUCGUCAAGGAACUGGAUGCCAAUUUAUGGAAUCGCUACCUUGAACUCUUCUAUUAUCAGCCCACGUGAACUUGUGUUCUGGAAACGAUGGAUCUAUAACUGUAUAAAGAUAUCUUCAACUACGGCUAUCAAUCAUGUUUGUACAGAAAUCCAACAAGAAAAUAGAAGUCAAAGAGAAGAAGAAAAUCUUACUGAGUCAGCUAAAGAAGGGAAUGUUGACUUCGUUUUUCAAAUAUCAAAAGCAAUCCCACAGAUUCUCCUCAAUCCAAUAGUGACUGCGGGUUUCCAAGAUGCUGUUAAGUUUCGACAAGCUAGGGUUUUCAACCUUAGCCAUGGCCUUCGUUUCAAGAGUGUCCUGGUAAUGUCAGGACUUGAUGAUGAAGAAAAUACCUUGCUACAUAUGGUAGCUACGAAGGCUCCAGAUCACGUUCUCAAUCGAAUCUACGCACCAACACUGCAAAUGCAAAGAGAACUGCAAUGGUUCAAGGAGGUGGAGACUAUCAUAACUCCAGUUUUUAGGGGACUUCGAAACAAGCAUGGCAUGACAGCCGAAGAAUUAUUCAGAGAAAGUCACAAGAAUUUGAUGAAAGCAGGAGAGAAAUGGAUAAAGGCCACAGCAUCUUCUUGUUCGGUUGUCGGAGCACUAAUUGUGACCAUUAUGUUUGCUGCGGCUUUUACGGUGUCAGGAGGAAAUGACCAAAAUUUUGGAUACCCAUUAUUCAUCAAACAACCAUUUUUCAAGCUUUUCAUAUUCUCAACCAUAUUAUCACUCUUGUCUUCAUCAACUUCGGUUCUAAUGUUUCUUGCAAUCCUUACCUCUCAAUACUCUGAAGAAAAAUUCCUCAAAUCCUUGCCUACGAAAUUGAUUUUGGGUCUCUCUUUUCUCUUCAUCUCAAUUUUAAGCAUGAUGAUCGCCUUUCUUUCCACCAUUCGUCUCAUGCUCAAGCAUACAAACUACUCAUGGGGUCUCCUUCCCAUUAUUAUACUUGCAAGUGUUCCAGUCUUCCUCUUUGUUCUUUCUCAAUUCCCGCUUCUUCUUCACGCUGCUGUUUCUACCUAUGGGAGUAUCUUCAGCAGGAAAGUGAAGCCAUGGCCAUGA